AUGGCAACAUCAUCCUCCCUCCCCGAGCUACCGCCCAAUUACCAAAAGGCCCUCGAGCUGAUCGACGAGGCCCACAGGCAAGACCCCAGGCCGUCGGCCGUCGAGGCUGUUCCUUUCGAGCUGGACUAUGCCCAGAAGAUGACGCGCUGGCUGGCUGUGCGGUGUCCGACGGCGCCUCCCGUGUUGCAGCUGGCCUGCCGCGCCCAGCACUUCAGAAGGUAA